UCGCAAGUCCGGGGUUUUCGUAGCAGCUGGAUGGCUAGCUGUCUAGCCUGGCAUCUGGAAGCUGAGACAUUAAAGAGGAGGGAAGACAGCAUUGAAGACAAGGUGCCACAUGGAGGAUUUACUAGCGAUCUAAUUACAUUAUUAUCAAAGCUAGCUAUGCUACCGGCAUUUUGAUGAACACAGCUACCGUUAGUUAACUACCACGCAUAUUUUGUGUGACCGCGAACGUGAGUUGCGUCUGAAAACAAACUUCCAGGACCAAACUAACAUUUUCUCAUGACAGCAAUAUCAACAUAGCAUGACUACUACUAGCCUAGGCCCUAGCACUCCCUCGCCGGUUAAACGUCCCGGUAGACAGCUGUCACCCGGAACUUUCCUUGGGUAAAACGUCUGGACGGUCCGUGUAAAUACCAAUAGUUACCACCCGUAGCUAAAUAUAUAUUGGUGAGAAUGGAUUCCUAUUCGAGCUUCGGGAGUGACGAGCAGUGCUUGGCAACUGUAAGAGGACAGGAGGUAAGGAUUUCCGGUCAGAAGGAGCCCAGGCUACUGUCACUGAUUGAGUUCUCUGGGGAGUUUAUGUUAGGUGUUUUGGCUAACCCUGAUACUGUUGUGUCCUGUCCAGUACAUCAGUUGUCCAUACCCAUCAACAGUCAUUUUCAGAUUGUGCGAGAGGUCGAAGAAGCGCUGCUCAUUGACUUGCCAUCAAAAACUUGCAUUAGGAUACGGGUCAGAGGGGAGAAAGCCCUGGAGCUGAUUCUGGAGCUCCAGGAUGAUGAGCGCAGCCAGUCCUUCUUCUCCCAGUUGAAGAGAGCCAAGCAGCAAGUCGAGUCCAAAAGCACGCAAAUCAAAGCGAUGGAUCCUAUCAUGCCGGCUCCCUGCAAAGUCUCUGCCCCAGUCCCACCCAUCCCUCCUCAGAGAGGGAUCCACAAAGCUGUCACCUCUCACACCAAGCCCACCGGCAUACCGCCACCGCCUCCCAACCUCAACAACAGCUCUUCAGCCAACCAGACCGGCACAGCUGACAGACAGGACCCAGCUCUUUCUCUGGCCAUAGACUUUGGCUUCGAGGACAACUUCAAUCAUUCCCUCAAAGUGGAGGAGAAGAAGAACCAGCAGAAUGGCAUCGGGCCCCCCCGGGAAGCUCCUCCAGUUCCCCCUCUGCCUCCCCGUAAAGGCUCCUACACUCCCUCCAAUCCUCUCCCACCCACGCCCAUCCCCCCUUCCAAAGACAGAGUUUCGUCCAUACAGGCUAAAGAUGCCGCCUUCAUCACGCCUGCCAAAACAGAUCUUAGUGUUGACCGGCCCACCUCGUGGAGUGACAGCCCCACCACCAACAGCAUGCGGAACGCCAUGUUCUCCACUCAGGCCAGCCAGAGAGAGUACCUCAUCAAACACCGCCUGGCCAAGAAGGAGGAGGAGUACGUAGACAUCAAGGACUUCAGAUUAUUUUCUGGAACAUGGAAUGUGAAUGGCCAGUCUCCAGACAGCAGUCUAGAGCCCUGGCUGUGUUGUUCGCUAGAACCCCCUGACGUCUACGCUCUGGGUUUCCAGGAGCUGGACCUGAGCACGGAGGCCUUCUUCUAUCUUGACUCCUCUAAGGAGCAGCUGUGGGUGGAGGCUGUGGAGAGAAGUCUCCACCCCAAAGCCAAGUACAAGAUGGUGCGUACCAUCCGACUAGUGGGCAUGAUGCUGGUGGUGUUUGUCAACAAGGUGCACAAGAAUCACAUUAAAGAGGUUGCGGCGGAGCACGUGGGAACUGGUAUCAUGGGAAAAAUGGGCAACAAGGGAGGUGUGGCGGUGCGCUUUGUGUUCCACAACACCAGUUUCUGCUUUGUCAACUCCCACCUGGCGGCCCACGUCGAGGACUUUGAGAGGAGGAACCAGGACUACAAAGACAUCUGUGCCCGCAUGAGCUUCCACAUGCUAGACCACCCUCCCCUCAAUAUCGUCAAACACGAUGUAGUGAUCUGGGUAGGAGAUCUGAACUACCGGUUGUUUGUGUACGAUGCAGCUGAGGUCAAACAGCUCAUCUCCCACAACCAACUGAGGAAACUGCAGGAGUAUGACCAGCUAAAUAUCCAGAGACAGAACAAGCGAGCUUUCACAGACUUCAUGGAGGGAGAGAUCAAUUUCAUGCCCACGUACAAGUAUGACGCCAAGACGGACCGCUGGGACUCUAGUGGGAAGUGUCGUGUCCCAGCGUGGUGCGAUCGGAUCCUGUGGAGGGGCAGUAAUGUGAAGCAGCUCCACUACAGGAGUCACAUGGAACUGAAGACCAGCGACCACAAGCCUGUCAGCUCCCUCUUCAGUGUCGGGGUGAAGGUGGUGAACGAGGCGCGCCACAAGAAAGUCUUUGAGGAGAUCGUGCGCAUGAUGGACAGGAUGGAGAACGAAUUCCUCCCGUCUCUGGCACUGACCCACAGAGAGUUCACCUUUAAGGACGUCAAGUUCCGCCAGCUGCAGCGGGAGAGUUUUGUGAUCUCUAACGACGGGCAGGUCGCCUGCCACUUUGUCUUCAUCCCCAAGCUCAACGACUUGCAGUACUGCAAGAACUGGCUCCGCGCUGAGCCCAGCGAAGGCUUCCUAGAGCCCAACGAAACUUUAGAGAUCUUCCUGGAUGUGUACGUGAGCAAGGACUCGGUGACGCUGCUCAACUUGGGAGAGGACGCCAUCGAAGACAUCCUGGUGCUGCACCUGGACCGAGGCAAGGACUAUUUCAUCACCAUCUCAGGCAACUACCUGCCCAGCUGCUUCGGUACCUCGCUGGAGACCCUGUGCCACAUAAAGAAGCCCAUCCGGGAGGUCCCCAUCACCAAGCUCAUCGACCUGGAGAAGUCCAGGGUGAGCUUCCUGAUGGUGGACAGUGCUGGCACGGAGGACAAGCCCUUAAAGAUUCCCAAGGAGGUGUGGCUGCUGGUGAACCACCUCUUUACUAUGUCCUGCCAGCAGGAGGACCUGUUCCAGACACCGGGCCUGCAGGAGGAGCUGCAGAGUGUCAUCGACUGCCUGGACACCAGCAUUCCUGACUCCAUCCCUGGUUGUAACCACUCGGUGGCCGAGGCCCUGUUGAUAUUUCUGGAAGCUUUGCCUGAGCCAGUGGUCUGUUACGAGCUCUACCAGCGCAGCUUGGACUGCUCCCAUGACAGCCGCCUCUGCAAACAGUUGAUCUCCCAGCUGCCCCGGGCUCACCGCAACGUCUUCCGCUACCUGAUGGCCUUCCUCAAGGAGCUGCUGAAAUAUGCCCACAACAACAACCUCACUGCCAACCUCAUAGCUACCCUCUUUGCCAGCUUGCUCAUCCGGCCCCCGCCCAACAUGGUGGGCCGACAGACAGCGCAGGACCGACAGAGAGCCAUCGACUUCAUUCUGGGCUUCCUCAUGGGAGGGGACGAGGAGUGAGGGGUCAGGGAAUCAGACAGCCUGGACCUUUUGAUGACAGACUGAGGAAUGGGGUUUUGGUGGACACAAGGUGUAUGUAUGUGUGUAAGGGACCAUGGUGGAUUGUGUUGUGGGAGAACAAACAGUGCAAUUAUAUGGGACCCUCUCUUAUCAUACUCUUAUCAAUGCCCCAGCCCCCAGCCUUUGUAGUGUUGUACUUCAGUCACUCACAACCAUCACCAUUAACCAAAUCCCAUAGUUUUCACCUCUGCUCAUUGUGUGGCUGCAGGACCAGGAGUUUAGGUGUUGGCAGCUUGGAGUGACAGUGAACAGUCAACUAACUGAUGCCCCACUCCCCAGGCAAUCCCUCCCCCAUGCCCCAUUCAACCCCCACUGAGGACUGUUCCGUGCCCCAUUCAACCCCCACUGAGGACUGUACCGUGCCCCAUUCAACCCCCACCUAGGACUGUUCCGUGCCCCAUUCAACCCCCACCUAGGACUGUUCCGUGCCCCAUUCAACCCCCACCUAGGACUGUUCCGUGCCAAAACGACUCCCUUUACCUGAUUUGAAUGUGAACUCUGAAUGGAAGUACAAUAUGUAUGUAUGAACCCACAGAUACUAAGAUAAUGAUGAUCCGUUAGUACGUUACACUAAAGAUACACAUAGAGGGUCGUGCAGAAGAUUUGGAUCGCAUUCUACCUGGUGGAUACUCCUCUCAGAGUGAACGAUUCAACCCAUGGGUACGUAGUGAUAUUGGACGCAAGAGACUUCUGGUGAACACAGAGAGACUAAAUGAAUCCUUGCUUGUCCGAAAUACCGACCAAGGAAGUUUGACGUUCUUCUACAAGAUAAUGAUGACAAUCCGGAGCAGUCCUUUCUGGGAUCUGGGAGACAUAUUGGGAGAUGUGUUAGAACUGUCAGUGGGCUGUGGUUUAAACAAAUGUUAUUUAUGAUUUAUAUUUUUUCCUUACAUAACUUUGUACCAUCUUUUAGAGUUUAUUUCAACUUCAUACUUGUUUUAAGAGACCAGAUUUUGGAUAUUGUUUGACCGCCCAUGGUUGUUCAAGCCUACCUUUUGCUUCUGGCAUACUGAAACACGUGCUGUUCAAAAUCAGUGAAGGUGUGUUGGGGAUUGUGUGUAACUUAAUCUUGAGUGUUAUCGUGAGUUAGGCUGAUUUCUCCAUUCAAGUACAUUACAACUCUGAACCCAAGUCACACUAACUUCACAGUAGAGUGAUCAGUCAUCCCUCCUGCUUGUACAGUAUAUGCUAUUCUACGGGCCAGUUUCUCAGACCCAGAUUCAUCUUAUUGGAGAGUAACAUUCUCGAUUGAGCAUGCUUUUUCUUAGUUCAAGAGUGGUUCAAUGUGGUUGUCUCACCCAGCUAUCUUAAGAUGAAUGCACUAAUUGUAAGUCGCUCUGGAUAAGAGUGUCUGUUACAUGACUAAAAUGAGUAGGCUUUUAAUCUGAGUCCGGGAAAAACCCUCCCUACAGUGUGCUACAUAACAAAGACAAACCCACUACGGCAUCGAUAUCUUAACUGUUGCAAACAGUCCCUCUCCUGUCCGCAUUGACCUCUUGUGUUUUUUUUGACUCUGCUGUCACCUCUUAAUAUGGUGGUGCAAACUGUGUGUUCAACAUAUAUGUAUUGUUUGUUGGUCAUGCAGGUACCAUCGUUUAACUUUUCCUCAUGCUUGUUUAUAUUUUCUUUCCUCGCUUCAGCCUCGUUGUCUGCCUCGCUGUCUGCCUUCAUACUGGUUAGAGCCUCAUUGUAUUGGGCCUGUGUGCUCAGGCAAGGGCCUUUCUUGUCACAGUCGAUUCAGACAAUAUAAUGCCCUGUUUUACUGUCUGAGUUUCAUCUAAAGUAGCACCCUAUACCCUAUAUAAUGCACUACUUUUGACCAGAGAGCGCUGGUCAAAAGUAGUGCGCUAUGUAGGGAAAAGGGUGCCAUUUCGGACGCACCCUAAUACUUUUUUCAGUGGCAAAGCAUUUUUUACAGUGCAGGUUGAACAGGAUUUAGAUGUUCAUUACUCCCCGCUGAGACAAAACAGUUUUUUCCCCUAAUGCUGUCGUGGAACGUGUUAUGGGUGUGAAACGAGGAACUCUAAUGCUGUGACAUUUCUACAGUGUUUCUUCCCUUUGUUUUCCACACUGUCGUCUAGUAACGUUAGUAAUAAGGUGUCAAAACAGCUCCUGGCUGGCCUGAUGUGUGGCACGGUUGGUCUAUGACACUUGUUUCCACUGGAAACGUUUCCCUUUCUUAUGUCUCCAGUCAACUAAUCUAGCCAGAAAAGCCUGUUACUUAGUCAACAGACAUGUACUGUAAUCUAGCCAGAAAAGCCUGUUACUUAGUCAACAGACAUGUACUGUAAUCUAGCCAGAAAAGCCUGUUACUUAGUCAACAGACAUGUACUGUAAGGAUGAGCCUGGUUCCAUAUACUUUAUGUGCUGUAGCAAACCCCUCUAUGGUUGUCAUGCCACAUGUAAGGUGUGACAGCAUUGAAGAUUUGCCAACACCAAACACACUAUAGGUCCAGGCUACUAUAGGUCCAGGCUACUAUAGGUCCAGGCUACUAUAGGUCCAGGCUACUAUAGGUCCAGGCUACUAUAGGUCCAGGCUACUAUAGGUCCAGGCUACUACAGGUCCAGGCUACUACAGGUCCAGGCUACUACAGAAAAGGCAUUCAACGUUUUAAAGUGUUUUAAUAUUGCAUAAUCUCGUAGCUAACACAAUGACAGGCUGUUAAUCAAAGCACUUAACAGUUUGGUUGUCUCUGUCAGCUCUCACCCAGAGAGGAUUUUGAGUGGAGUAGGCCCAAGUCUUGUGUAACUUCCUGAUUGCAAUCAUCCGUACAGUACAUUCUAAAAUGGGCCAGAUGCGCUUGUAGCGUUCUUCAGAGUUGUCAUAGACUUAAGCGCUUAGCUUUGCCAAACCAUGAUUGGCCCUGGAUGGAUUGGUACUACCUGUUGUCUCGGACUCUAACCGAGAAGGAACAGUGAAUCUGAGAUUGUCAUCUCAUUCACAACACAAAGCUUUUACAUCAGAGACAAGGUCAACCCCAGCUGCAGAGAUAUUGUCAGAAUUUAAUAUUCAAAUUGGGAGAUCAGCCCACACUCAUGUUGUCCUAGCUGUCCCUUCAUCUGUGGUCUGUCUGUGUUUUCAUGUGUUGUCUUUUCCUGCUCUGCUCCCCUUCAUACUGUGGCUUUUGUAAUGGUCUGUUUAGUAAUAAUGCUACAUGUGCACAGCUGUUUUUUUAACUGAAAUAAAAUAAUGUAUGAAAAAAA